AUGACAUUACCCAUAGACGCCUCUGAAACGUAUUACAACAAUCACCCAGUUAGAAUGAUUUCCCAAAGUACUAUAAGAGGUAAAUCAGCAAUAUUAAUUAUAUACAGUUUAAGAGAUGUUGGUACAUUAAAUGAAGUCGACAAUUACAUCAAAGCAAUAGAAAAGAAUGUUCGAAAAACAAAUGAAAGAUUAACAAAUGAUGUUAUUGAUAUGUCAGAUCUUUUUUAUCAACCAAUUUUGUGUGUCGUUGGCAAUCAGCGAGACGAAGAAGACAAAAUCCAGGUGAGUCAGAGAGAAAUCGUGAAGAAAAUGACAUGCACACAAACGCGAUUUUACGAGAUGAGUGCAUUGAAGUGUGAUGGAGUGUUUUACGUUAUUGAUGAUGUGACUAAACGUUCAUUACUAAAACGAAGAUAUGAACAAAGCAUUCUCAACGAAGUUGAAAACACAGCCACACCACAUUUUGGAAAGCAAAGUCAUAGUAAAGAAAAUAAAUGUGUUUUAAUUUGA